UACCAGGCACUCAGCUGGCCGUGUUUUGUUGACACUCUGGCCAUGUAAGUGUCAACAACACGCAUUUUUUUGCGACAUUUCUCGGAAAGGAUAAAAACAAAUAAUUUGGAGGAGAUUUCUAUUUGGGUCGAUAGACCGUUUUCUUUUCCAAUCGAAAUAUAUAUUUAAUAUAGUUGUAUUGUCCAAGUAAACUCUGUAAUCGUGUCACAGAACAGUGACCACGAACAGCAGAUAGGAUGAUCGAACCUGUCCCAGCUUGCCGUUCGGGGGACGAGGGUGGUAUAUCGGACUUGGAGCAAGACUGCAAAGGGCUGUCCGAUGAACCCACUGGAGGACAAGGAGUUGUGUGCGCCUCCUUCAAUCAGGACUCCACGUCUUUGGCUAUUGGCACCAAAGAUGGAUAUCGACUCUUCUCUUUGGCAUCUGUGGACAAAUUGAAUUGCAUUCAUGAAGGUGCCGAGAGCCCAGACGUGUACAUCGUGGAGCGUCUCUUCUCCAGUAGUCUGGUGGUGGUGGUCAGCCGCUCGAUGCCGCGUCGCAUGAACAUCUACCACUUCAAGAAGGGCACAGAGAUCUGCAACUACAGCUACUCCAGCGACAUCCUGGCCGUCAAACUUAACCGGCAGAGACUAGUGGUCUGCCUGGAAGAGUCCAUCUAUAUUCACAACAUCAAGGACAUGAAGCUCCUGAAAUCUCUGCUCAACACACCAGCAAACCGUACCGGUCUAUGUGCACUGUCUGUAAACCAUUCCAAUUCUUACCUGGCCUACCCUGGGAGUACCAGUAUUGGGGAGAUUGUUGUGUAUGACACCAACAGCCUGAGUAACACGAUUGAGAUCCCUGCUCACGACAGCCCACUGGCUGCUAUGUCUUUCAACAUCCAGGGCAACAUGCUGGCCAGCGCUUCCGAGAAGGGCACAGUCAUCCGUGUCUUCAGUGUUCCUGAUGGCUUGAAGCUGUUUGAGUUUCGAAGGGGAAUGAAGAGGUAUGUGAGCAUCAGCUCCCUGUCCUUCAGCGCUGAUGGCCAGUUCCUAUGUGCGUCCAGCAACACAGAGACCGUGCACAUCUUUAAACUGGAGCAUCACAGCACCAGUGUGGAUGACGACUCGUCUACCUGGACUGCGUACGUGGGGAUGGUGUUCUCUGCCGCUAGUACUUACCUGCCCGCUCAGGUGUCUGACAUGAUGCAUCAGGACCGGGCUUUCGCCACCGUCCGUCUCAACAUGUUCGGCCUGAGGAACGUCUGCACCCUGGCCAUCAUCCAGAAGCUUCCCCGGCUGUUGGUGGCCUCCUCAGAUGGCUACCUCUACAUGUACAACGUUGACCCUCAGGAUGGCAGGGAGUGUGUACUGGUAAACAAACACAGGCUGUUCAGCGGCGAGGAGGAGCUACCACCGCUGCUGGCGGAGGAGCCCAUGGGGGGCGUCGGGGGUCAGACGUACGCCGCCACGCUCGCCACCCCCGUCUGCGUGGAGCACACCGUCUCCGCUGGACUCACAGGUUACUCGGAAGAUGGAGGAGCCAAAAAGGGUGAGGUCAUCCCCGAGCACGAGUUGGCUGCUGGGUCCAUCCGUCUGGAUGAUGAGCAGGAGUUCCCACCAGUCAGCUCCCUGAGCAACUAACCAACCCCCGGGCCAAUCAACCAAUCACAUCGCUGUCUCGGGCAGGGGGUCUCGGGUCAGGGAUGGUACAGAAGUUGUGUUGGCGUAUUUGUCUUGUCAAUGAGAAUGUUUGAUUGCCGUUGACAGACCACUACCUUGUAGCUAAUCUCAUGCAGUAUUACCGAGCGACCAUUACCAUGUGGUAGGACACAGAGUUAACUGUAGUCCAUAGAUAAAUAUAGCCAAAAUGUCAACUAAAACUACAUCUAGCAUGGUGACAUUGACAAAGAAAUCCUUUGUAGUUUGAAAUUUCAGUUUUGGUAUGCACUAUUUAUGAUACAUUAUUUAUGACAAACCAUUAUAGGAAAACUAUUGCCCUUUGAAAAAAGAUCCUCAAUGUUUUGGUUUUUCGUGAACAGUGGUUAGGUCAGGUUUGCAUGUCAGAAAUGCCUCAAGCUCAAUUGAUUCCUCAUUUUAGGGAGAGAGCAAGAGCAUCCUUUUUUUUUUUAUUACUGGUCUCCCAUAUUGAGCAUUGGUAAUACGAUGUAAGGAGACAUGUUAAGUUAUCACUACUAAAACAAAUUGCUGCCAAAUAGUGAGCCAUUUUUAAAGUGCUUACAUAUUCACAAAAGGGUAAAUAAGCAAGCAUCCCCAUCCCCUAGUCUCAUACCUAUAUCUGUAAGAGUAAUUUACUUCAGGGGCAAUUCCAUGGAAAAUUAAAUUUUUUGUAACAUCCAUAACGCCAAUAAAAUGUGAUGGUAUGGUAUGAUGUGAAUGAUUACAUGAAAUUUGAGCAUAUGCUAUUUUUGGCUGAAGAAUGUAAAUAAAAAAAAUGCACAAAAAAUGAAUGUUAUCAUUCACAUCAUACAAAUGCCAAGGCAUUUCACUGCGUUAUGGAUGUGACAAAAAGUCAAUUUUCCGUGGAAUUGCCCUCAGCUUGAAUCCAUAGUAUCACACAUAGACUUCAAGAGUGAUUUUGAAAUGUUACAUUGAACAAUGCAUUUGUUUUUGUCUGCCCUCGAUGAGGGAGACAGCGGAAUCUUCAGGCAGUGUACACUAAAUGUAAAGUAACAAAACAAAUAAUUCUCAAGUUCUGGUGUGAUUUAGUUACAACUCUACAACCAACACAGCUUUCCAAACCUAUUACUGUUCAAGAAUUUAUGGAAAGCAUCUGUCAUAAUGAAUCUAAUUGAAGAAGCAGUACAUUGAUAAUUCUCUGUCACAAGGGAGUGAAGAAUAUUGAUGCUGGCUUGACUUUAGAUUUGAGUGUGUGUGUGUGUGAGAGUGUGUGUGUGGGUGUGUGUUUGUUGAUAAUGCAUGCUUCUUAGUCUCCGCUAAGGGACAAUUUUUUUUUUUUUUUUUGGAAAAUGAAGUUAAAUCUUGAAGAUCAACACUAUAUGUACAGCAACUGGACCAGUAUGUAGAGUAAGCAGUGCAAUGUCAACCUCAACUUUAUCACGGAGAAUUUACAUGACAAGAAACACAUUGUAGUGGUGUACCUGUGAACAUUUCAAGUCUCAUAUUUCAAGUCUGUUGUAGUUUCAAGUGAGCAAGACCAAAAGAAAGAAAACACGUGUAGAUCCUGCUCAGUUUGUUCUCCUGCAACAUGAUUUUAAAUGCUGCACACAACUAACACAUAAUGUGAAAUGUGUCUGAUAAUGCCCAAGGUAUUUUCAUACUGUAGACUCUGGAUAUGACUAAAUAUCUGUGGUACGUUUGUCUCCAUGUAGCAACCAUAGUAAUGUGGAACAUUAUACUUGGUCAGAGAAUUUGUGUACAUUUGUGUAUGUAGAUUCUGCCAUACGCAGUGUCGUAUAGAGACCACUAGGGUGCGCUACAGCUUCAGUUACAAAUCAUAGGGCUCAUCCUGCUUUUCUAGAAAUAUAACAUGAGCAGCUAGUCUUCUGUUAACCUGCUUUUUGAGACCAUUUUGACCAGCUGUCUAACAUGUCAGCAAUACCAUGUAGGAAUAAUUAUGUAGGCAUAAGGAAACAGGUGAGGAUAUGAUAGAUGUCAUGUUGACUUUCUGUGAUGUGCAAUCAUUGCAGAGUAACACUAAAAUGCUAUUGAAUUGGAGACAGCACCAGGAAGUGUUGGUGGUAUCCAAUACCAAUGUCAUAGUUCUUCAUAUGGAAUCGAUAAUACCAAAUUGUACUUCAUCUUUUCCUCUUUUUAAGCAAUUUUUGUUCUCUUCAUGUUAAUUGUACUGCCCAUGUAUGUUUUUGUAUGUGCCUAUUUGAAAUAUUUUGUGUGUGAAUGAGUACAUGUAUGUUUGCAGGAGGGCAGAACAGUGCAAGAAUAAACAUAACUUUGCAUUAACAAGA